AUAAUGAAAAUGUUCCAACCACAUAGAAUUUUUAAAACUUUUAGAUUAUAAUCAAAAUUAUUUAAAUUUAUUAUUAUUGUUUAUUUGUUUAGGAUUUGUUACCAUCUGCUGUUCUCUUACAGUUGGAUUAUGUUAAGGAUGUAUGUGUUGAGUUUUUACAAAAACAACUAAAUACUGCUAAUUGUCUUGCUAUUAGUAAAUUUGCUGACUCUUAUAAAUGUAUGGAAUUAUUGUCAAGUUCUGAAGAAUACAUGAAAACACAUUUUUUGUAAGUUUUAUUAAAUAGCUGUCAGUGAAUUUUAUAAAUAUUAUGGUCAUGAUUUUCAGAAAAGUUGUUGAAGCUGAAGAGUUCCUAUCUUCGUCUUCUGAAAAAAUGAUUAAUCUAAUCUCCCGUGAUGACAUUAACGUUCCAUUUGAAGAAAAAAUAUUUGAAUGUGUUAUUAAUUGGGUAAAACAUGAAUUAGAUUGUAGAUAUGACAGUUUGCCUAAAUUAAUGGAACAUGUUUGUUUGUCUUUAGCACCUCAGACUAUAUAUAAAAAUAUGAAGUUGAUGAACCUCUUAUCAAAAAUAAUCCUAAAUGUAUGUUUUUUCAUCAUUAUGCUUUUACUGUAAAUUUAUAAUCUUACACAAUAAUAAUAAUAUUUUUAGGUAAAGAUUUCAUCAUUGAAGCAGUAAAUUUCCAUAUCGUAAAGAAACAUCGGAGUAUUACUAUGCCACAAAAAAUUUGUUAUUCA